AUGCAUGUUCUCGUUCUCCCCAAUGAAGAAAUCAAUGGGACGAAUCCCAAAGCCUCUCUCCUCGACGAACCGAGCGAGGCCCUCGACUAUAGAGACCCCAAUCUAAAGUCGUCAAGAACCGCGAUUGCACUCCACUAUGCAAAGAACGAAGAUCCUCAGCUCCCAAGAAGAACAAGGUCGGCAGACAUCCAGAUAAACACAGGAGUCGGCCAAGAAAUUCACCACGCCGUAAGGGCCCUCAAUCCGACUCCUCCCCGUUGCGCUUCCUUAACCGAAACGACAAAGACGACCCCCGUGGUCUGUUAUCCCAAGCGAUCAUGGAGAUCCCAAUUCCCACCGGGAUGA